AAAAAAAUUCUCUUGCACUUUCUAUACUUCCAAACAAAAUCCAGAGCCCUAGACACAUUUUUUCUAGCCAACUUUCGCGAGAAAAUCUUCAUAGAAAUACGUUAAAGAGUCCGCUUCAGUAGUUAUAUAGGUGAUAAGAGUUUUGGUCCUCAUUGUGCCUUUUCUUGUAGAUACAGUACAGACCAACUCUGACUAUUAUAUAUAGCUAUAGAGACUCUGUAAAUUCCAGUGCAAAGGUCUUGAUCUUAAGCGUUUUUUAUUUUUUGGAUAUACACACUGAGAAUACGUAGUAUAUUUUAGUUAGAGAACUGAGGUUUUUUGAGAAUCGGAGAUUUAAGAUUUUUUUUAAAGGAAAAUCAUUUUGAUUCAGAAAUUGGAAAUUUUCCUGAGAAAAUGAGCUCAGGAAGUGAAAAUCGAAGUUCCAUGGCACAGUGUCAGUUGGAUGGGACUGUCAAAGAGCUUCAAAAACAGUCAAAAGUGUCAUAUACAAGAGAUUUUCUGAUUUCUUUAGCUGAUUUGGAUGCAUGCAAGAAGUUACCGUGUGGGUUCGACCCAUCGAUUUUAUGUGAAUUUGAUGAUGCAUCCAUUUGGUCAUCUCAGUCUAGGCAUAACACAGAUUGGGAAAUGUAUUAUGACAACCUAUCUCAAUCUUCAUGGAAAUAUCCUGUACAUGAAGGAAUUCUGGGACAUUGUGCUUCUCCAAGACUAUCUGAAUGUCUAGUUGGGGUUUCUACACUAGGAUUUAGAGACAGAGGUUAUCAUCUGCUCCAUAAGAGUAAUCAACCGUAUAAGCCUCCACGCCCAUAUCAGGCAGUACGUCAUUCAGGAAGACAGAGUAUUGACUCAUAUAAUGACAAAACAUUUAGUUCUUCUGAGUGUUCAGGUCAGGAGAUGGCAGAGGAGGAAAGAAGGAGAAGAGCAUCUUUUGAGUUGAUGAGGAAUGAACAGCAAAGAGGAAUUCAAGAAAAGCAAAAUAAAAUCUCAAACAAGCAUGAAGAAAAUUUAGGUAUGGUAGCACUGCUGCAGAAUUCCAUACGUGAAAUGAGGCUGGUGGACAAAUGCAAUGAAUCGGAGCAAUAUGUGGCAUCUGCAUCUUCAAACAACGAUUCUGUCAAUAGUUCUUCCAUAGAAUCUUGUGCAUUCAUACCAACCUCACCUCCAGGUUUUACAAGCAGAUUCAUUGAGGAGAGGCUUGGAAGAAAAUCUUUAAUUGAUUCUUCUGUAGCAGAGGUUGGUGACAAGGUUGAGGAGGGCAUUACAUGUGGCAAAAGUAACCCUGUAGCCAACAUGGCUUGUGAUAGUCCAGAGGAAGGACAAUCAGAGAAGCAUAGUGGUCCCAGCAAUCAGUUGCAUGAGACUAAACACACCAGUUGUUGUUUCAAUCAAAGCAAAGGGAAUGAGUUCAUAGAACUCAAUGCUGAAGAUGAUGCCAGAGACAAUUCUUUGGGUAUUCCUUGUCAGGAUCAGUCAACGCCAAUCCUUGAAAAUCUUUCCAGCAGUGCUUCCACAAAAAACAACAAUGAAUUCUCCAAUUUUUUCGAGCACUUUAAUGUCGGAUCUGAUCAAAUCAAAAGCCUUGUAAUAUGUUCUUCUGAAUUUGCUCAUCGAAUGGUUGAAGAAGGUGCACUGGUCUCUGAUGAUAUUCUGGCUGAAACUGGAUCAAAAGUCCAACCUAAACAGGGGUUGAAACCUAAUUCUAUCAUUGACUUCAAUGAAAAAUCUGAUUCAACCAUUGAAAUUUCUUUGCCUGAUGAAGAGAGUUUGAUGACCUUUGACUACUCCUGGUUAUUGCCUGAUGAGGACAGUCUGAUUACAGUUGAUGACUUCAGGUUUUUGUCUGAUAAUUUAGACAAAGCUGAUUUGUUUGGCUCAAGUUCCCCAGUUCAUAAUGCUGGGAAGCUAUCUGAUAUAAAUGUCACCCUCGGUGAGGGAAAUUCUUCUCAACUGCAUUUGGAUGGUCCUAAUGUCCACUGCAAAUCUAAUGGUUUAACGGGCUUGGAGACCUCUAAGCACACUUUGCAUGCACAACAGUCCUACUCACAGUUUCUUCACAAUCCGCCUUAUAGGGGAAGGCCAUCUUUCCAUUCUCCAGUUGCUCAAACUCAUCUAAAUUCUAGGAGGAAUUCCAAGAAGUCGUCCUAUCCUUGCAAUCAUCCACCCCACCAUUUUGGCUCUACAACUAUGCUUCCAUUUCUUUUCCAGCACCCUUAUGGUGAGCCAAGACCUGUUAAUCAUUUGCUGUUGCAGCAGUCCAUCCCAGGCAAACUUCCUCCUCACCUAUUAAAUGGACUUCCAACAGGAGUAACACCUCAUUUUCCCAUCAAUCAAAUAGCUUUUUAUGGUCAGGACCUGAACCCAAUGCCAGAUCUUUGUCCAACCUAUCAGCAACAAAACGUUGGAGGCCUUGGAAUGCCAAAUCAUUACCACAUAGAUCCUCGUCUUGGUAGAGAUAAUAAUCACAGGAGGUUUGAUGCUCUUCUUGAGGAGGAACUGAGGGCAAGACAGAUGCAAUUGUUUACUGGAAGUGGCCCUGGUCCAGGGACCUUUGGCACACAGGUUAACUUGGGAUCUUGGUAUAGACAAUAGACCAUACUCACUGUGCUUUUCGCAUUGUCUCCAUGGUUCUCAACUACUUUGUGGAUAUACAAUCAAUAGGGUUUAUUAGUGAUGUAGGUAGUAGUAAUAGACGUCUAGUGCCAAAAGUCUAACUUUUGUAAUUAGCAUGUCGUAAAAAGCUGGGGGCUAUACAAGGAAGAAAGGAAUAUAGUUCAAUAGUUUGAGGAACGACUGAUAUUUUCAUCUUUUAAUUUUAGCAUUUUGGUUAUAUAUGAUAUUUCAUUUGUUGACUUCUGGUACAUAAGGA